AGGAAGUAGUGCGUGGCGGAAGCACGGAGCGCUGUGGGAGCGGAGGUGAUGCGGCAGUUCGCAGGUCGCUCAGCUGAUGAAGGUAAAGCUGCUGCUGCUGCACUGUCUAACAGCUACUACAACACUGGAACAAAUAGGCUGCUGGUUGGGGCAUUUGCACACGGCUGUGAAUGGUAGUGUCUAGAAAGGGUAUGUCCCUUCAGGAGAGAGGUGCCAAUGUCCAACCGGCCUAAUUCCAAUCCAGGGGGGUCACUGCGCCGUUCACAGAGGAACACAGCCGCGGCCCAGCCAAUAGACCACACACUUGCAGGAAGGUUGCAGCCAGAGCAAGUAAACCAAAAAGCAAAUUUCCCACCUGAAAGUAGAAGAUCUAAUUCUAAGGCUUCCAAAGCCCCACCCAGCUCUGCCGUCGGCUCCGCCCGCGGCCACGCUUCUCGAAGGAACAGCCUCUCUUUAUCCGUGGGUUCACACUCGAUUCCAGAUCCAGACUUGGAAGCAGCAGGGACUUCAAGCCAGCAGGGGAGACGGGAGGGCAGCAGUACCCGUGCUCUCAAACGCAGCUCCGCUUUAGAGCCCAACAUCACCUUUUCGCCCAGCCCACCCAAGCGGCCCAAAGCGGUGUCCAGCCACCUUUUGGAGAGUUCAUCCAGUGGGCCAUCGGCCCCCACAACCUCACCUGAAGUUACAGAGCCGAGGAAGGCUCCAGCGUCUGUCAGCACCAAGUCCAAAAAGAGACGGUUAGCAGCCGAGCCGGCUCCCGCCAGAGCCCUGAGCAAGAAGAGCACGUCCUAUCCAGGCCCUAGUGGGGCCUCGAUCCCCCCCUCUCAAAAGCGCAAGAAGGCAGGCGCCUCUUCAUUGUCGUCCUCCUCUCCUUCCUCCCUCCCCAGCUCUAGCAGUGCGGCAGGCCCCCUGCCACCCCGCAGCGAGGCCAGCCGGGCAGCCAAACCCACCAAGCUGGCGUCCAAAUCGGCCGCCUCAGCCAAAGCUGGGUGUAGCACCGUGACUGACUCCUCUUCCUCUGCCUCUUCCUCGUCCUCCUCAUCCUCUUCCUCCUCGGCUGCCACAGGCGCCAACAGCUGUGCCCCUCAGGGUGCCCGACUAAAGCAGGGCAAGGACCAGAGCAAAGCGCGGCGGUCACGCUCCGCAUCCUCCCCAUCUCCCCGAAGGAGCAGCCGGGAUAAAGAGCAGAGCAAGGCUGCUGGCUCCUCCAAGUUUGACUGGACAUCCCGCUUCAACUCCAAAGUCAACCUGCCAAAGCCCAAACUGUCCCUGCCGGCAUCGGCCAAGGCUGAGACCUCCUCCAAGCCUGGGCCCUCCGGACUGCAGGCCAAACUAGCAAGUUUGAGGAAGUCUACUAAGAAGCGUAGUGAGUCUCCCCCAGCAGAGCUCCCCAGCUGUCGGAGGAGCACACGUCAGAAGACCACGGGCUCUUGUGCCAGCACCAGUCGGCGAGGCUCAGGCCUGGGCAAGCGUGGGGCAGCCGAAUCUCGCCGACAGGAUAAAAUGGCCGACUCCGACAACAAUCAGGAUGGGGCCAAUUCAUCGGCCGCGCGCACAGAGGAGACACCACAAGGGGCGUCAGCGUCUAGCUCAGUGGCUGGAGCUGUUGGCAUGACCACCUCUGGAGAGAGUGAAUCAGAUGACUCUGAAAUGGGAAGACUGCAAGCUCUACUGGAGGCCAGGGGUCUUCCUCCUCACCUGUUUGGCCCAUUUGGACCCCGUAUGUCUCAGCUGUUUCAUAGGACCAUCGGGAGUGGAGCUAGCUCAAAGGCACAGCAGCUGCUGCAGGGGCUUCAGGCUACAGGAGACGAAUCCCAGCAGCUCCAGGCUGCUAUAGAGAUGUGCCAGCUGCUAGUGAUGGGUAAUGAGGAGACACUGGGAGGAUUCCCCGUCAAGAGCGUCGUACCUGCCCUGGUGAGAGGGCACUUGGAGGUGCGGCGAGAGGACGCACGAGCUCAGCUGAUGAAAGAGGACCCUGAGCUGGCCAAGUGCUUCAUAAAGACUCUGUUUGGGGUUCUGUAUGAGGUGUACAGCUCCUCAGCCGGGCCUGCCGUCAGACACAAGUGCCUUAGAGCCAUCCUCCGGAUCAUCUACUUCGCAGAUGCAGAGCUGCUUAAAGACGUACUGCGCAACCAUGCUGUGUCUAGCCACAUAGCUUCCAUGCUGUCCAGUCAGGACCUGAAGAUUGUAGUCGGCUCUCUGCAGAUGGCUGAGAUCCUCAUGCAGAAGCUUCCAGAUGUUUUCAGUGUUUAUUUCAGGCGGGAAGGUGUAAUGCACCAGGUAAAGAAUCUAUCUGAAUCUGAGGUGUUCCUCAUCAGUCCUCCGAAAGCGUGCACCAGCGGCACAGCUAGUCUUUGCACCACCACCAUCACCACGGCAACCACUACAGCUGCCUCUAAUGUCACACCCGACUUAGGCUCGCCCAGUUUCCAGCACAGCAUGGAUGACUCACUGGACCUCAGUCCACAGGGUAGGUUGAGUGAUGUUCUCAAAAGAAAGCGCCUUCCUAAAAGAGGACCAAGGCGUCCAAAGUACUCCCCACCCAGAGACGAUGACAAAGUGGAUAAUCAGGCUAAGAGUCCAACAACCACACAGUCCCCCAAGUCCUCUUUCCUAGCCAGUUUAAAUCCCAAGACCUGGGGUAAGCUGGGGACUCAGACAAACAGUGCCAACUCAGAGCCCUCACGCACUGCAGGGGUCAGUGGUCUGGCACGAGUGCCGCCCAAGGACUCGGUUUCAAACAACAGGGAUAAGAUAAAGGCUUGGAUAAAGGAGCAAGCCAGCAAAUUUGUGGAGCGUUACUUUAAUUCUGAGAGUGUGGAUGGAAGCAACCCUGCACUGAACGUCCUCCAAAGACUCUGCACUGCCACAGAACAGCUGAACUUGCAGGUGGACAGUGGUGUAGAGUGUCUAGAGGAGAUAAGCAGUAUUGUAUCUGAAUCAGACGUGUCCUCCUUUGAGAUCCAGCACAGUGGGCUUGUGAAGCAGCUGUUGUUGUAUCUGACAUCAAACAGUGAACGGGACACUAUCAGUAGAGACGAGAGAAUCAAGAGGUUCCUGCAUGUUUUCUUCGGCUGCCCGAUACCAGGGCAGGAACCUCUGGGGCGUUUGGACCUAACAGAGAAUGGCCCACUGCUGGCAUUGGUGCACAAGAUGAACAACUGCCUUAGUCAGAUGGAACAGUUUCCUGUUAAAGUGCAUGAUUUUCCCAGUGGGAACGGCAACGGAAGCAGGGGUUCACAAGCCCUCAAGUUCUUUAACACACAUCAGCUGAAGUGCCAGCUGCAGAGACAUCCAGACUGCACCAAUGUAAAGCAGUGGAAGGGCGGGCCGGUCAAAAUUGACCCCUUGGCCCUAGUACAGGCUAUUGAGAGAUACCUUGUGGUUAGAGGGUAUGGAAGGAUCAGGGAGGAGGAUGAAGACAGUGAUGAUGAUGGUUCUGAUGAUGAGAUUGAUGAAUCUUUGGCUGCCCAGUUCUUGAAUUCUGGGAGUGUACGUCACAGACUACAGUUCUAUAUAGGAGAGCACCUGCUGCCGUACAACAUGACUGUUUAUCAGGCCGUCAGGCAGUUCAGCUUACAGGCCGAGGAGGAGCGAGAGAGCACAGAUGAUGAAGCAAAUCCUCUGGGGCGGGCUGGCAUCUGGACCAAAACACACACUAUAUGGUAUAAGCCAGUCAGAGAGGAUGAAGAGGGCUGUAAAGACGCUGUUGGAGGGAAGAGGGGUCGUGCACAGACGGCUCCCACUAAAACCUCCCCUCGAAAUGCCAAGAAACAGGAUGAACUGUGGCAUGAGGGUGUGUGUCCCAGUGUGACAAACCUAUUAGAGUCAUACCUCAUUAGUGAUCCUCCAGAGGGCAUCACUUUUGAUGACCCUUCAAUGGAGGUGAUUCUGCUGCUGAGGGUCCUGCACUCCAUCAGUAGAUACUGGUUCUACCUGUACGAUAAUGCUGCAUGUAAGGAGAUCAUUCCCAUUGGUGAAUUUAUUAACAGUAAACUGACAGCAAAGGCCAACAGACAGUUGCAGGAUCCGCUGGUCAUCAUGACAGGGAACAUUCCCACCUGGCUCACUGAGCUCGGCAAAACCUGUCCAUUCUUCUUCCCGUUUGACACACGGCAGAUGCUCUUCUACGUGACUGCGUUUGACCGCGAUCGUGCCAUGCAGCGUCUGCUCGACACCAACCCAGAGAUUAACCAGUCCGACUCACAAGACAGCCGUGUUGCUCCACGCCUUGAUAGGAAGAAGAGAACGAUAAACCGUGAUGAGCUCCUAAAGCAAGCAGAGUCAGUAAUGCAAGAUCUCGGGAGUUCUAGAGCCAUGCUGGAAAUUCAAUAUGAGAACGAGGUGGGAACAGGUCUCGGCCCUACGCAAGAGUUCUAUGCUCUGGUGUCUCAGGAGUUGCAGAGGGCCGAUUUGGGUCUUUGGAGAGGAGAGGAAGUCUCUCUUUCCAACCCUAAAGGGAGUCAGGAGGGUACCAAGUAUAUGUUUAGUUCCAGAGGGUUGUUUGCUGUUCCGUUUGGACGAACUACCAAACCAGCUCACAUCGCCAAGAUCAAAAUGAAGUUCCGUUUUCUUGGGAAACUCAUGGCUAAAGCGAUCAUGGACUUCAGAUUGUUGGACUUGCCUCUAGGUUUGCCAUUCUAUAAGUGGAUGCUGAGGCAUGAAUCCUCCAUCAGCUCUCAUGAUCUGGUCAACAUUGAUCCUGGCGUUGCCAAAUCCAUCCAGCACCUGGAGGACAUCAUCCGCCAGAAGAAGAGAAUAGAGCAGGACAGAUCACAUACACGGGAGACCCUACUGCAGGCCUUGGAGAGUCUCAACAUGAAUGGCUGCUCGGUGGAAGAUCUGGGCCUGGACUUCACUCUGCCUGGAUUCCCAAACAUAGAGUUGAAGAAAGGGGGCAAAGACGUGCCAGUCACCAUUCACAACCUGGAGGAAUACCUCAGAUUGGUGGUCUACUGGACGCUCAAUGAAGGCGUGUCUCGGCAGUUUGAGUCGUUUAGGGAAGGAUUUGAGUCUGUCUUCCCUCUGCAACAUCUGCAGUGCUUCUAUCCUGAAGAGCUGGAUCAGUUGUUAUGUGGCAGUAAGUCAGAGUCCUGGGAUGUGAAGACACUAAUGGAGUGCUGCAGACCGGACCACGGCUACACACAUGACAGCCGUGCAGUGCGGUUCUUGUUUGAGGUGCUGAGCAGUUUUGAUGCAGAGCAGCAGAGACUUUUCCUGCAGUUUGUCACAGGCAGCCCCAGACUUCCUGUCGGAGGAUUCCGGAGUUUAAACCCUCCCCUCACUAUCGUUCGGAAGACGUUCGAGUUGACGGAGAACCCGGACGACUUCCUUCCGUCGGUGAUGACGUGUGUGAACUACCUGAAACUGCCGGAUUACUCCAGCAUCGAGAUCAUGCGCGAGAAACUGUUGAUUGCUGCGCGCGAGGGCCAGCAGUCUUUCCAUCUGUCUUGAUCUCACCUCCUGCACCCUCUCACUCAAAAUGGCCUUCAAUCAACUCACUGCAGAACCACACAAAUCGUGACUUCUUCCUCUUUUGUUUUUUCCCCCUGCCCUUUUUCUUUUCUUUUUGAAAACACCCCCAUUGAGGCAAAAUAUGUACAGCCUACUUGUUUAAAGAAAAGCAGCUUGCAGAAACUAAACGAUAGAACAUAAGAGACUUCCUUUUGACUCCUAACCAGGAGGAAAGGGUAUUAUGCGACUCAUCAGAUUAAAAAAUAAAAGACCGAGAGAGAGAGAGAGAAAACAUUUAAAAAAGAAACACUUCGGAGCAGAUUAUAAAAAUAUAUCAGUAGUUGAGAGAUGUUCAAGCCGAAAAAAAGAGGAGUAAACCUGGGUGACAUUUGUGACAUGAUGCAUCAAGAAAAAAAGGGAUGUUUUUUGUUGUUUUGUUUUUCUCUCCUGGUGAAUGACAUCUUCACUGUGUGUUCCUGUUGGGGAGGGGGCAUCCAUCAACCCGGCGAGGGUUCCUAUAGCUCCAAAGAUCAUUUGUACAGACAAACAUUUGCAGAUUUUGCUUAUACGACACAUUUGAUAGAAUAGCUGUGUGCUCUCCUGCCCAGUUUCCCCUCUGUUCUGUAUUAAACCCCCGAAAGUCUUGUUACGUUUUGGUUCCACUUUAAUUUCUCUCUCUCCUCUUGUCACUUUCUUCCUUUUUAUUUGAGAGAAUUUUGAAUGUGUAAGAGAGUUCCAGUUGGUUGAAUGCGGGUGGUGUUGGAAGUGUAGUAUCUUUAUUAUAUAUUAUUAUUAUUUGUUUUUGUUUUUUUUUAACCCAAGUUGAAAUAGUUUUCUGGCCGACAUUUCUCAUAAAGUGUCAGCUCCGUGUUAAAAAAAGAUGUAUCCAUUGUGUUGGAUGAAUAGACUCCUAUAUGGUUAUAGUAGUGUGCCUCUGCUGGACUUUUGGGGACUUAAGGUCUUAAUGAUGGGCCUGCUGAAGUUGCUUGGCUGGUGAAGCCAGGCUUUAAUCCCAUAAUGUAGCUGAGCACAAGAAAUUCAUUUAAAAGAAUUGGCUGGUCUUAUUUUAUGGUUUCAUGGCCAGAUAGCAUUUCAAAAAAAUAAUUAAAAAAAGUUCAUUAAAUAAAAUAAAGUUUAUAUGCAGUUUUCACACCCGGUUUGAGGUGGGACCGUCUACCUUUUUGUCUUUUUUUUUUUUCUCUAUUGUUUCUUUAAUUUUUUUUCCCCCUCUUGCUGUAGUUUAUUUUUGCACUGCUGGCUUGGAACAAACCGUGGUGUGCACUGCAGUCUGUGGCCAGGAGGAGGUGCUGCUGUGCGCCCUCCUGUCCUCAUUGUUCAUGUGCUGGUUUCUAAGAUCUGCAAUAAUUUACUGCAUCAGGUUCAUGUUUUUACCUGAACAUAAAUAAAGUAAUUGUUUGAC